AUGGCGACAAAGAAACAAGCUCUCAGAAGCUCUGCGCAAAAUUUGCAUAUUUCAUCAACAAAGUCGCCCUCUAAGCCAGUUCAAUCAAAGAUUCUAAAUCUCAAGGAUACAAUGGAGAGUGAAGAUGAAAAAGAAAGUGGUGUGAAGGAGAUGUUCGAGAUUAUAAUGAGAAAGCUUAGCAAGCUUGAUGACAUAGACAGUCGUGUCAAGUCAAUGGAGAAUGACCUAAAAGACAUGACGAGUUCCCUAGAUUUCGUCCAUGCGGAGGUUAAAGAUCUGAAGGAAGAAAAUGAAAAACGCAAGGCAGAAGGACAUAAAACGGACGAAAGACUAGAAAAAUUGGAGGAUCUAAAAUCUAAAUACGGCAUUAAAGAAUCGCGUCAUUGA